AUGAAAAGAACAACUGCUCUAGUGUUCAUUGUAAUAUUGGUUUCAGGUGAUGGCAAAAAUGAUGUUACCAAACGAGCCAUUGGGUGUAAGGAAUUGUGCAAUGCAACCAGCGCCAGCAUCAACCUAACUGAAACUUUCCAGCAAUGCUGUAAAGAGGCUCAAGAAUUCGUUUUGCCAUGGCAGUUUUACAACUUUUCCUGCAGGAAGCAGAUAAUUGAUUCUUGCGCAAGAAACGGAUCUCAGAUAAACGCAACUACUAUAAAAUCUGAAUGUUGCAAAAACGACUUUAGAGCACCAAAAAAUACCGGUUCAAAACGCCUCUUCAUAAAUGUCACAUGGGGAAGAGUGAAGUUUCAAACGAAGUACGAUCUGGUCGAAGAGCCAUGGAAAAAAGAAACUUGGUCAUUUUUCCUGAAAAUGGUGUCACAAAAGUGCUUACACGAACUUCGUGUCCGAAAGCGUUACGUUAACAUUUUGUAUACAUACCCCUACUACACUAACGAUAAAAGCAAGACUGUGUUUAGUUGUAAGUCUCCGAUGUCAUAUUUGGUACAGGAAAAGCAAUCUUUCAGCAUGUUUACAGUGGUCUAUGCCUCCUUUAGCCGAAUGUGGAUAACACUGCUCUUAUGUGUCAUGUGGACGUUGAUAUCAGGAGUUAUUAUAUGGCUACUUGUAAGUAAAUAUCUCGGUUUCUUAUCUUUUAUGUAGUUGUUGUAAUUGUGUGGGACGCGGUUGGUGCCAUGUAGAACUAACUAUUCUCUAAGACUGCUUACUGACUGAGCUGAAAUGAAGCAGAGACUAGUUAAAAUAAAUAAUACUUUCAACUACGUGGUACCCGCCACAGAAAACAAGAAGUAAAUAGAGACUAGGACAAGUAUGUUGCUGGUAUACACCAGACGUCACAACGGCGAUGUACUAGGUGAUCAGGAACGAAAGGGUUUCUCUCCUCUGAGAACUGCACCAUUUUCAUGUAAAUACUUCCAAAAAUUGUUUAUUGUAUUGAACACAACAUGGCCACCUUGCCACAUGGCUGCAAACCAAGAAUAAAAAAGCGUAAUGAAUUUGGGCAGGUGAAGUUAAAAUUUAGGAUAGAAAGAAAUUAAGAACUAGUGACACGUACACGCUGGAAAAUUGUCUUUUAUAAUAAAAAGGCUUACCUAUCCAUUAAUCUAAAAUUUGCAUUAAGAGUUGCCCUUUUGACAGGAAGAUGUUCCUUCUGAUGUCGGUCUUUUCGUGAAGGCCAGUGGGGGGAAUGGAUGGAUGGAUGAUACACCAAAUGGUUUUUCAUAGCUAUUUUUUGGUACCCAUGGGCAAAAUGCAAUUGCUUUGGCUAAGAGUUAUGAUCCCAUUUAUUAGAAAGAGUCUGAAAGCAGCGCAUUUUGUAUCACAAUUUUUCGUAGCAAUUUCUUUUUUCAAGAAUUUUGAAAUUUUUCACCAUAAUUGAGGCCAAAACCGCAAUUACAUCACAGGUAGUCAUAUUUUUUUUCAUUAUCCGCAAACUAUUGGUUUCCGGUUGAUAAUGAGAGAAAUUUUCCGCCAGUGUAGACUUCUAUUUUAUUGCUUUUUCUCUAGCUUACCUUGUCGUUGCUACUGUUCACCCUAUCUUAUAUUUAAUCAGGAUCAUAAAAUUAACCAGCGCCAAUUUCCCUUGUCUUUUUGGAGAGGAGUUCGUGAAGGAGCCUGGUGGGCAUUGGUUACAAUGACGACUGUUGGGUAAGUAGAAGGAGUACUGUCACGUGAUGCGAGUAGGAAAACCCUUACUCCUUUUCAACGUGAAAUUGCUUCAGCUCAACCUCGUUCCCAGUGUUCUCUCCUACCCGCCCUAUGGAGCGAGAGGGAGAGAGACCCUGGAAAACGCUGGUCACGUGUCUCCCAGAAUCUGGGAGAUUACAAACAAACGAUUUGGCGGAGGGGCAGGUAAGUGUGAGAUUUGUCUCUACAGAGCGUAGACAAGUCAGUUCAGUAUCAAACUGUGUACCUGACCUGAUCUUGAACGCGAAAAAUAAUGCACAAAGUCCUUUGACAGCGAAAGCGUAACUUCCUGCAGAAUAUCUGGAUGUUUUAAAUCGGAUGUUUAUCAGCGAUGCUUUCAUUUGGCACAUGCAACGGAAAUCGCCGAGGAUUCACCGUUUGUGCAGUUAAAAAUAAUUUAGGUAUCCUGGUAGUAGUACCAGUAGUACUCAUACCGAAACGCACUAGAUUUGAAUUGCCGUUUAUAUGUUGUGGAGGCCACUUUAGAAAACAAAUGUACAGUAUCUGUAUGUGUUUUCAAGACUACUAGUGCAAGGCGCCGAAAAAAUGUAUCAAGCGUUGCUGUCCUCACCCGCGACCUCGAAACAACAGGAAGAGAGAAUACGCGGCUCGGACAGUCAGGCUGAUUGUUAGCUGUUGUUCAAAUGGAAAGAGGUAAAGAGAAUCUUGAAAGAAAAUAUUUUUAGCCAAGGCUUUGUGUUUUUGCAUUUUUUGUCGUCGUUUAUAAUUACAGGAUAGUCGUAAGCUUCUUUGUUAAAAAAGACCGUAUGAUAUGGCUUGCACAACUGCCAACCGUUUAUUGUUCCUUAUUAAUUUUCUGGAUGUUUAGGUAUGUGCUUUAGAGGAUUUUUAGAAAUCACUGAGCUACAUGUGCUUUUAAAUAAAGUUUUCAGAUUGGCCAUACGCGUUUCGUGUGAUUAGCGCAUUUCUUUGUUGCUACCACAUUUUGACGUCCUCUGUGAUCUAUUACUGAACAGAUGCACGGCAACAUUGAAUCUAUUUCUUAAGUAGUAACUGAAGAGGAGUUAAUCUGUUGCUAAGACGGUAAGGCAUUUUCUGCAUGGGAUGUUACUUGUUCUGAUUAGGAAAGAUGUAAGCAGAGGGGUUCGAAAGAACAGACUGGCUGCCGACAGAGAGAAUCACAAAAGAACGGAUUUUAUAAUAAGAACUUAGAACACGCGAAUGAGAGGAGUCUAACACUAAACAGGGACAAGGGAAAAAAAUGCCCGCACACGUCAUAGAUUCCAUGCGAUUCCAUAAGCUUUUGGAUCAUCAUGAGAAGUUUUGGAAUACCUAGAAAUAUAAUGAUUUUAAGGGGAGAGUCUGGUUAAAUAUCAAGUCAAUCAAAAAAUGACUCAGUUACUAAUAGUUAGCCUUGGUUCAAUAACUUUUGCAGAAUUUUCGGAUGAUUUUUCGAAUGUUUUUAAUAUAAAAAUAAACAUAGGGGGAAGGGGUAUUUCAAUUUUUGGAAACUUGGAAAAUAUUGGAUUUGGGGGUUGUUAAAAAUUAGAAUGUAAAGUGAAUGAUAAGUAUACAAAUACCAUAUAGUCCACCACGACAACAAGGUGCCUUUGAUCCCUUAAGGUAAUUCCCUUGAAAUUGUUCUACCAUCAAAAUUUUUUUGAAACUUGGCAUAAUCAACAUUCAUGAUAUGAACAUUAAAAAAACGCAAUAAAAAGAUGGGUUCACUGUGCUUGUUUACGCGUCAGCAGGCUCUAAAACUGGGGUAUUUCUACUGGUUGCGCGUUUAAAAUUCGAAUCCCCUUCUUACAGAACGAAGUAGUUGUUACUUGAAACACAAAAUUUUAUCUUGAAAACAAAGCUUCUUUUAUUCAAAUAAGCAGUAUUGUUUCAUUUAAUUCGUUUUCGAUUGCCUGGUUGUGGGGAUAUUGCGCUUUUCCUGACAGUUCCCUGGUUAGCUUGAGGUCCUCGCCUUGACCCAAAUACACCAAAUACGAAACUACUUUCCCAAAAAAACAUGUUCAACCAUCAAACUUUUUUUCUUCUUCAAAUAUGUUGUUUAUUAGACCGUUCGUAGCAAAUACCUGGGAAAAAAAAUCGGGGGUCACCGUGCUUGUUUCCUCACAAACUGCUGUGAAAGGUGGACAUGGUUUUGAGAUCGAAGUCAGGAUGGAUAAUUUGCGCGGUGGGGACUGGGGCGAGAAACAAAAUAACGCCCAUCGUGUUCGAAGUAUGCACUCGAGAUCAAGCUUGUUUUCGGUUGUUUUUAUGUGUUUGAUAUCGCCAACACAGAAAUUCAAACUUGAAAAGAUUACAUUAAAUACCGAGGAAUGAGGUAAGUCAAGAUUUGGUGAGAUUUUGGAGUCAUGAAUCUUUAUUUUAGACCAUUUUGCAGCGCCGGCGUUCUGUUUAAUUCCAGUGAGCUAGGGUUGGAUUUUUUUGCUUUUGCACAAUAAUGCUUGACAAAGAAACUUGAAUAAAAGACUAUUGAUUCCUAUUCUUCAUAUGUUCGCUUGUUUGGUUUCUAUACACAGCAAAAUGCGAAUUCAGCAGCAGACCCCGUGUUUACUGGUCUCCCUCGCGUGGUUGUGGUGCUACGGUGUAUCUUAUUUGUUCCAGAAAUAUUUGACCCUCCACUCUCGGAGUUUGAACAUAUGUACAGUAGUGAUCCCAGGCCAGAUACUGGCUCGUUAAUGCAGUUGGAGAGCCGUAGAGCUGUCCCACAGCCUUCACAGCCCCGAUAAUCCAAAGCCUCAGCCAGUACUUUUUAAUAAUUCCACAACUCUACGGCCGCGAAGUGAAAAACCACUGCAGACUUCGGGAUUACGCACGUUUCUUUCUGUUCACUCUAUCUUAUUUUUGAUCAGGAUCGUAAAAUUAACCAGCGCCAAUUUCCCUUGUCUUUUUGGAGAGGAGUUCGUGAAGGAGCCUGGUAGGCAUUGGUUACAAUCACGACUGUUGGGUAAGUAAAAGGAGUACUGUUACGUGAUGUGAGUAGGAAAACCCUUACUCCUUUUCAACGUGAAAUUGCUUCACUGCAGACUUCGGGAUUACGCACGUUUCUUUCAUGUUCUUGUUUUUUGUUAGCAAACCAGGAAGCUGUCGGCCGAUCUGCCACAUUAUUAUGGCGAAUAAAAGCUUUAGCUCUGCAAAAGCGGCCCUUGUUUGUUCUUUUCGCGCUACUGAGAAGAACCGCCGCCAUCUUGGAUGUGGCAAUGUUAUGCGCAGUAGAGGGUGCGCAGAGCAAAACAAGGGAAUUACCUUAAGCAGACGUAUUAGUUUAUGUGUAUACCUUUUCUACCCUGACUUAUUUUCUUCCUAAAUCAACAUCAUUUCCCACAAAAAACACUCAGAUUGCCCCCUUAAUAGCAGACAAGGCUUUGAUCGUGCAGUUGUAGACAACAACAAGAGCAACAACAACACAGCAUCUGUCCUGCUGGUGGUGAAUUGAGUCAUGAUGAAGAAAGACAGCGGAGCCAGGGAAUUGGGGGGCUUAAGCUUUUGCUCCGAGAUACCUUGCAGCACACGUCGAGUUUUGUAAAACGUUUCGUGUACUUAGCCGGUAUGUAUCACUAUGUAUGAAUGUUCCAAGUCAAACGGAAAUAUGACUAAAAAUACCUGUUCUUUUUGACUUGAUCGAGUUUGAAAUAUUCACGUGGAGACUACUGAAAAUAGAAUUUCCAGGUUUCUAGAUUUCAACAUUUUCUGGGGGAGCAAUUUGCCCUAAGAAACCCCUACAGGCUCGCGCCUUUGGCGCUCGCAGUAUUUCCCGCUGUUAAGAAAUAUUCGCAUACGAACACCUCUUCUCAAAACCCAGCUACGCGCCUGGCUGUCCUCAGUCCGUUAGAAAGAUACUCCUCAUGUCGAUUUUACAGAUGGUGUAAUUCUCGCUGCCUAUCGUUGCAUCGAAGAAGAUAAUUUUGACUGUAAACUUGCCUCUCGAUCAUUCCAGCUCGGUUUCGUUGCGAAUUCUAUUGACCGCAUUUUGCUCAAACGUCGACAGUUGGUGUUCCCUCUCUUCGUCAGCUUUGUUUGCAGUGUAAUUGUUGUAUUUUGUUGCUGCCUCUUUACAUCCUCUGUCUUUAGCUGACAGCUUUUUCCUUGGCUGUCCCGUCGCUCGCCCUGAAUUUAAAGUCGACUUUCUCGGUCUUUCGGAGUUUUGCUUGUAAAUCUUUCCCAGCGAGGAUUUCCAGCCACUUGUUGAAUCCACUAUAGUUGAGUUUGCUGUUCUCUUUUAUUUGCCUGAGAAAUUGAGUGGUGAUUCACCGACCGUGAACAUUGUUAUAAUUCACAUAUGAAAAAACCCGUCUUCCUGAAUAAAACCCGGAGCUUUGUCAUCGAUGCCAAUCGGUUGCCUGGAAACCCAUAAUGCACUUUGACGUAACUACUCUGAAUGACGUCAAGGCGGACACCAGCCAAACUCGAUAGAUUUAUAGCCAAGAGAAAAUCACGAUGGCCUUGCGAUACUUGUGUGAUACACGCGCGCCUCGCGCGCGACGAGAUUAUAAACCUCGUGGCCCGGCGCUUCGUGAGGAAUCAACAUCAUUUCCCACAAAAAACACUCAGAUUGCCCCCUUAAUAGCAGACAAGGCUUUGACCGUGCAGUUGUAGACAACAACAAGAUCAACAACAACACAGCAUCUGUCCUGCUGGUGGUAAAUUGAGUCAUGAUGAAGAAAAACAGUGUGAAACGUAAUGCUCAAAAGUGUAAAACUUUGAGGAAUGGGCGCACGUAAAGCAAGGAGAGGAUUGUGGUGAACGGUGGACAGAUGGCGGAUGUGGAAGAGUUUGGCUAGCUUUGGAGCCUACGUUGUCAAUGAAAUAUAUCGAAGAUCAAAUGGAGGACAAAAAGAAGAGUGCCGAGUAAGCAAGCAGACAUCAACAUGACUUGUGAGGAGCGGCGACGUAGGAGUAAUUUGCGCUAGGCUAGGCCAUUUACUCUGGAGUGGGGUGAGAAUGACGGCAUUGCACAAGGCGAGUGUAGGCGUUAGGAUCGAAGAACGCGUGGAAGAGCGAGACACGACUUGGAGGAGGACUGUGGAGAAAGAAUGGAACAUAGCAGGUUGGACGAGCAAGAAUAUGGGCAAAGAAUAGGGCAGACAGCAUGGCAGCCUUAGAAAUUAUGACACGGAGAGACACGACGAUGAUGGUGAUAUUCAGUAGGACUCUCUCCAAGAACUCCACAUUAAUCCUUACUGGGUCAAACGGUCGCGUCUGUGUUACUGUUAACUUCUGUAAGAAAUUAAUGGUAUAACUAGAAAUACGUGUAUCGCAGAACCUCGCGAAGCUCGGGAGGGGGGGGCAUAAAAUGUCAGGGAUGGAAGGGGGAGAGAAUUGGAGUAAAUGUACAUGUGUAAUAUAGUAAAAGAAAAUGGGUGUGAGAGUGAAUAACUGCAAGCGAAUAUGAGGCAAACACAUGCUAUCUUUAAUGUGUAAUAUGUGAUAUUUGUCCUAACGGAGCCUGGUUCCAGGCUAUGUAAUUAAGGAUGCAGUUGAGGAGAACUAUGAAAGUGAUCAUGACUCAUGAUUACUGACUAUACGGUACCGUCAUUAGCACUGAAUUAUCACAGUAAAAAAUACCAAAUCAUUUAUGAAAGUGUUUAUAUAGUAUAUAUACUCAUGCAAGAGUGAAUUUGUAUGAAAUGUCCACAUAAAAGUAAUGUUGAAGGUGAUCAGUAUUUCAAUUCUCGAUCAACAUGCAUGAGCUUGUCGAGACAUGGUUGCCAGAGGCAUAGUUUUUUUAAAUUCCCUGACUGGCAAUCAAAUGUACACUUUCCCUGACCAAAUGAAUUGACAAUGUGUGCAAAUAUUAAUGGAUUCCAAAUUCCAGUCAAAACUUCGUGUACUGGACACAGAUCAUGUAAAGCAAAAGACUUCUUUGUUUUCUGUUCAGGGAAAAUCUGCUUGGUAUGUUUUCAUGGUUUGUUCUUUUGUUUUAUAUGUCAUCUGUGCCUGUUACACAAAAUAAACGCACAAACUCCCAUCACAGCCAACCUGUCCACCUACUUAAUACAUGAAUUUCUCGUGAAUGUAAAGUGUAGAAUGGAUGGAUGUCAUAGGAAACCCUAUAUCUGCUUGUCGUUUGAUUUCUUGAUACAAUAUUCUGCCAAUGGAACAUGUUUAACUUUGGUGAGUAUGCAGAAAUGUCACCUCCCUCGGGCUUCUUUGAAAGAGUUACAUUUAAUUUCCCUGACUUAUACUGAAACUCUCUGACUUGACUUACGGGGAAUGAUUAAUUUUCCUGACAUGUCACACACUCCGAAAUGUCACACACACAUGUCAUGUCACAAACACAUGUCAUGUCACACAUGUCACAUGUCACACACUCCGAACUCCGAUCCGAAAUGGAGAUGUUCUUUAAUUUCAAAUAUUAAAUAGGAUCGAAAAUGGGAGGCGAGCAAUAAUAAAUUUUUGUUAUGCUUGACGAAAAAGACACAGUUGUGUUUAUGUAUAAGGCUGCUAUACAAUGAUAAUAUAUUUUACUUGGGAUGGUUUUGGGGAAGUAAAUGUAAUGAGAAUUGUAAACGAAAAUGUUGUUCAGCAAGGAGUUUGUUUACAAAUGUAACUCUUCCCUAAACAUGUCACACAUUAUCGUUGUUCUAAAGUGUUGAUUGUAAAAUACAGCUUACUGUAAAACCCAUUGUUGCUCAUGGUGUAAAGGCCGAUCGGCUGUCCCGAGUCUUUGGAAAGAUAUUCUUGGAGUACAUAAUUGUUGCUGCCUAUCGCUGCAUCGAAGAAGAUAAUUUUGACUGUAAACUUUAAGCGUUUCCUGAUCCAGUCUCGUCGCUUUUGUAAAGGCGGGGCUAAAGUGCAGGUCACAGGUCACAGGUCAGGUCACAGGUCAGUUACAGGUCACAGGCCACAGGCCAGGUCACAGGUCAGAUUACAGGUCACAGGCCACAGGUCAGGUCACAGGUCAGAUCACAGAUCACACACAAAAACAAUAGGACACUUGACAAAACUGUUCUUGAUUGACAUUUUAUUAUACAAAAAUAAAACAAGCCAAGGAACCUCAAUUAUAUUUUUUCUGUUCUGAACUUUACCAAAUCCCACACAUGAGAAAAUAUAUUCAUGUUGAUCACGCAAAACCAAAAACCAAAGUUGGUAACGAAAUCACAAAGGUACGCAAAAUCACGUGAUUUGUUAGAAAAAACGAAUCUCAAAACGAAGGGUUGUUGCGUUAAGAAUAUCAUAACGUGUUUGUGGAUGGAAAACGGAAGAAAAACUUAAGGACAGUCUAAAACUUAUUUGACCACUGAAAUACGGCAACUUUCUUCAGACUUUGCUCGUACUAAACUCUUCUUGCCACCAGAUCAGUCUUCUACCUCUUUUGAAGAUGGCGGCCUGUUGCUCGUGCUUCGUACCAGUCACAAAAUACUGCUGUGUUAAAGUGUACUCGGCUAAGAACUUCAGACACUGCUAUUUGGGCCUCUCGAAUAGUUGCUGGACCAUAUUUCUCGGCUCUUCUCCCAAGAGCUUGCCAUUUUCUCACGUUCUGUUGCACAACAGCUUGAAAAACCUCUGUUGGAUUUGCCUCGUGGCCCUUAGGUGGGAGCAUUCCGCCAUUACAACUUGAAUGUAUCAAAGGAUUACAGUGCUGCAUUUCAAUGACUCGCUCCCGGUUAUCUUGGCCGCACGGUUUAUUUGGAGAUGACAUUCUAAUAACACGACAACACUACGUUUUCAGUGAAAAACAUGUGAUUUGUUUUUCGUACAAAUCACAUGAUUUUGCACACCUUUGUGAUUUCGUUACGAAGUUUGGAUAUGCUGUAUGAUCAGCAUGAAAAUAUUAUCCCAUGUGUGGAAUUUAAUAUUGUUUAAAGGACAAAAAUAUCAUCAAGGUUCCUUGGCUUAUUUUAUUUUUGUAUAGUAAAACGUCAGUCCAGAACAGUUUUGUCCAGUGUCCUAUUGUUUUUUUGUGUGACCUGUGACCUGACCUUUGGCCUGUGGCCUGUGACCUGACCUGUGGCCUGUAACCUGUGACCUGACCUGUGACCUGUGACGUGCACUUUAGCCCCGCCGCUUUUGUAAGCGUCGGCAGUCGGUGUUCCCUCUCUUCAUCGGUUUCGUUUACAAUGUAAUUGUAGUACUUUGUCGCUGCCUCUGUACACGAUUGUGGUCGCUGUGUUGACGACGUUACCUUCGCUGUGCUAAAGCGAUGUUCUCUGCUUCGCGGUUGUCUUCUUCAAUCCGCUCGCCGAUAAAUUUUAAUCGGCGUUCUCCCGAGGAGUUUCAAUGGAAAAUCUUUCUCGGCGAGGAUUUGUAGGCACUUGCUGUGCUUACAGUUCUGUGUCAUUUGGAUGGGAAAUUGUUCGUGAUUCACCGAUGGUAAACAUUGUUUCACAGACGAUGAGUAAACACAACAGCCUGGUAUCAAUAUUACAUGAAAUGCGCCUUGGUCAUCGGCGGCAAAGUCUAUGUUGCCUGGAAACGCAAAAUGCUCCAUGACGUCAUUGGCGGCUACCAAGCAUAUAUUCAGAGAAAGAUUUAUUUAUUGCUCCUCGAAUUUGGCAGCUGGCUAAGACCACGCGCGGUUAGCAGACUGAGCGCGCGCUUCGCGCGCGACAAGAUUAUAAAGUCAAAACGCUCGGCGCUUCGCUCGGAAUUACCGUGACAUUAUCUGGUAAUACACGUAGAAGAAUAUUAAAAAAAAAAUGAAAAUGAAACAAAGUUAAUUUUCAUACAUUUUUUCCCGUAUAGGAGGCAGUGGCUUACGAGCUCGAGAAAAGUUAACCUGGGGAUUGCAUAACUUGUUCUUGGUAGUGUAGAAUAAUUCUUUCCUUUUGUCUUCAGAUAUGGGGAUAAGACUCCCAAGUCUCUACCGGCUCGUAUUUAUUCCGCUGUCUGGAUGAUUGUUGGCAUGAUAAUCCUCUCAAUGUUCACUGCCGAAGUUACAUCUGGAAUGACGUCUAAAGAACUGAUGCCACAUCACAUGUAUCUGGGGAAAAAAGUAAUUCUUCUGCCCCUCAUUUUACUUUGGGCACAAGGAAUGAUUGAAAGUGGAAAGGCGGGUCCAAAACGCAUAAACAGCUUCUUAAUGCAUGCUUAAAAACGGAGCAAAUAUGACAGAUUAACAAACAAGAAAAAUAACUGACAGAGAAUAUCGAUAGCAACAGCAUUUCUUCAAUAAGGCACUGGUUUACAGUUAACCUCAAACUGUUUCCCUGCACGAUAAUAGACCCUUUCAACGCGGUUUUCAAAAUUUUGACAUGGACCCGUUUGUGAAAAUCUUCCAGGUCCGCUGAAAAAAGAUCCUAAAAUAAACACAAUAGCCAAGUUUGAGAAUGAUUUGGGAAAAAAGGACGAAGAAAUAACUCUGCAAAGUCGCAAAUGUCUCCGCAGGCGUUUGUGUGAUGGGGGGUACCAAGUUACAUACCCCCACUAUACAAACCACUGUAAAAUUUAGGCAGCUGUAUCUUGCAUUAGCCGUUUACUCAUAUUAAGGCACCCUUUCGAGGGGUCAAUAGACCGAUUGCAAAUAUGGCGACGAUUUUACCAAAGCGAGGCUUUUCGGUGGCAACCGUUGCUAGGGGCCGGUUGCCUGUGUUUACCUGUGCCGUUGCUGGAAAGACUGCAGCUUCUCAGGCGUUUUUUCCUUUAAAUUCGACAAAAAUAAGUCAAUUUUCUUCGCUUAAAAAGGUUUCUAUCUGGUAUGUACGCUUUGAAUACUGUUUUUCUGUGAUGCUAAAUUGAACGGUCAACUGACGUACAGCGAUCACAGACAGAGUCAUUUGUAGCGAUCGCGAUAACUUUGACUGCCUGAUAUUUUUCAUUCAUUGUAUUUAAGGUUCACAUGUAAGCUUAAAUAUUAUCAUUCUAAAAGCUGAUCUUCAAUUUUCAGAAUUGGAUUGCAUGCCAUUUUUGCUGUACAUUUAUAAAUAGUGAAACAUGCCGGAUAGUUGUUGCGUGCCUUUGUGCUUCAAGAGUGGUUAUCGUAUAGGGCCGGGUGGGAAAAAGAUCACGUAUCAUUGCCUUCCAUCGGAUGCUGUAAGACAUAAGGCACUACUUUCAAAAUACUUGUUCAUUUAACCUAUCGUUUUAGAUUUCUGAUAUCCUCGAUACGACUUAUACUUCAGGAGUGGCUCGUGAGAAUUCAACGAGACGUAUCUCCAGCAUUUCUGAUAACUGAACGUACUGAAAUCUGGUCCUUGCAUUUCAAGAUAACUGAUUUUCGUGUAACCUUAACUGGUCGUCGAUAUUUAAAGGAUGAUGCUAUUCCCUCAAUCCUCAAGUUUCAUGGUCUGUAGCAUCCCCUAAGCAAAAAUCACCACGUUAGAGGUCACCAAGCCAUUCCAUUUCUAUAUUAUUUUACCCACGAUAACUCGAACCAUGUUUUGAACCCUUAAAAAGUCGGGAAAAAACAGUCUACUGGCGUCCGAAACAUUGAAUUUUGAAUUCCCAUUGACGUUUUGUAGGCAUAUAGUUUACUAGUGGAAGCCGAUGUUGUUUGUCACAAAUCUAACGUGAAACAGCUUUACUUCUCAAAACAGUAAAACGCAUGCUCUAUAGAGUACUAAAGUGAUGACGUCAUAAAAAUGAAAUUUCUGAAAUUAUGGGAUUUGUCAGGAUAUUCUGAAAGAACAAUGUCCAGGAGGCCUACUUGCCAAAAAUGAGCAUUUGGCGGCAAAUUGUCUCUGAGAUCGUAGCCCAGUUAUGCUUACAAAACUCCAUACAAACCCUUCUAAAUUUUUUUGGGGUCGACCCAAACUAAAUUAGAAGGGUUUGUAUGGAGUUUUCUGAGUAUAACUGGGCUACGAUCUCAGAGACAAUUUGCCGCGAAAUGCUCAUUUUUGGCAAGUAGGCCUCUUGGACAUUGUUCUUUCAGAAUAUCCUGACAAAUCCCAUAAUUUCAGAAAUUUCAUUUUUAUGACGUCACACUUUAGUACUCUAUUAAGCAACAUUUUGUUAUGUUACGUUCUGAUUUAUAAUCUAGAAGUAUCUUUCAAUUUUCACUUAAAAUUUCUACGAACUAUGAUUAAAAUGUUCAUUGUGCAGUAAAAACUGUUUUUUUCCUUACUCCCGGCUAUUUUCUUCGAGCUUCUAGACUGCAAAACAGUCCGUAUUUUAGCAUCAGUAUUCAAGUACGCGCGAGUAGUCAAACAAAAGUUCUGGAACGCGCGAGGCUGAAAACAGCGUGUGAGGCUCGCGCGCUUCGCGCGCGUAAGACUCUUUCGCCACGCUUUACCGAUUUCUUUACCGAUUUUGAAAAAAAAAAACCGACUGUUUUGCAGUCUAUCUAGCCUCCCACGCAGACUUUCUUAGGGGUUCGUCACGCGUUCCUGCCUCACGAACGUCUGCUGAAUUCCUUUCCCUUUGUUCGCAAAUAUCGGCUGGAGUUGACAUACAGAUUAUGGGAGAUCCAAUCGGCGCUGUUGAAGUCAAAGUGUUGACAAGCGAAACACAUACGUACAAGCUCUGUAGAGUGUGAUACGUGACCAAAGAUUUUUGCUCCUGACGAGAAUGUAGGAGAUAAGCGUUGGCUUUUUGCAUAUUUCUCUCUGUAAAGGCUGGAUUAGAUGUCAUUUGCUCAUAAAGUUUUUCUUUGGGUGACGGCGUAACGGCGGGGUUACCUUGUAAGACUGAACGAAAGGCAGAAUUGUUUUCACACGUUAUUGUUUUGUAGUAAGGGACGGACCAAUAGAAAAGUUAUGUGGGGGGGGAAUUUUCAAGCCGCAGGAAUGUUUUUCGUUACCAAAUUCCUUGUAUGAAUUUUUAGGCCAUAGCAUGAAUAUUUUUUAGGAUUAAUUGGCGUGCAUGAAUUUUUUUUCAUUGAAUUUUCCGUUGUUCGAAUAACUUUUUUGAUCUUCGCCCCCCCCAUAAGUUUUCUAAUGGUCCGUCCCUAAAGCCUACUUCCGUUAAGCAAAUUUAACCUCCGAGGUAAUUUUUCUCAACGAGAUUCUAAGGGUAGCCACUGUGCGAACGCUUGUGAGUUAACUGAGUAGUUUGUUCUAAAAGUGUAAGGUCUUCACCUUUCAUGAGACUUUUCUGAUCUUUUCUGGAGCUAUAAAGUCAAGCGCAAAAUUUCUCAAGGUCUGCUGUGAUUGGUCUACCUUUUUUUCCACUCAAGCCAGCAGACGUUCGUGGGGCAGGAACGCGUGACGAACCCCUAAGAACGUCUGCGUGGGAGGCUACAGUCUAUCGAGCUUCCGAUAAAUCGAACUUUUUUCGAUUUCCCUUGAAGGUUCGAGUUAUCGGGAGUCGACUUUUAGAGGCAAAGUAAAAAGCACUGACCUUUAUUUUAACACAACCAACUGACGGUAACUUCUUCUUGAAAGUUUUUUAUUGUUUCCAGAGUGAAUAAACAAUAAGAUAACGGACUUGCAUUAGCAUAUAAACAAGCGACCAGCCCCUACCAACGGUUGCUACCGAAAAGCGUUGCUUUGGUGAAAUCGUCGCCAUAUUUGCAAUCGGUCUAUUGACUGUAUAGACCUUUGUCACGAGGCUAGCCGUGCAUCAACAAAGCUUUUGAAAUCUCCUAAGACAAAAUGUCCACCGAGUGACAAAGGGUUAUCGUUUUCUUCUUUAGUUGGUUAAGAGCCUCUAUUACCAUGUAGAACCCCCUCUUGUGAUAGAGAGAAUUUAAGAGGGCUUGUACAAACACCGGUCAUCCCUUAAUUAUUUUGCCCUGUUUGGAAGCCCAGUUGGAUCUUUUUGCCCAGAGAAUUUUAAAAUUGCUCUUCAUGUUAUGCAUGUGCUGUGUCACAUACUAAAAUUUGGAAGCUAAAUGUUUUUGAAAAAUUAAAUCUAUUGCUAAACAAAUAUACUCUAAAUCAUGCAUAUAAUCAUAGUUAUAUCUCAAUAUUAGGUUGGAGUCCCUUUUUAUAGCAAGCGUUUCUUUGAAGAAGAGCUCAAAGGAGCAAAGAUAAUAGGUACUGUAAUCUGGAGAUGAUUAAUUUUGUGAUGAGCAGAUGGUAGUAAUAUUCCAUUACACCAGUUCAGUCAGCCAAUACACCUUUAAGGUCUCGGUAAAUGAAAAUUUUAGUACAUUGCUCGAUUUUGUUUUUUUUUUGGAUUUUUGGCAUGAGUGGGUCCUAAAUUUUAUUUUGGCAGAAAAAGAAAAUCAGAAAGUGCUUUUUAACCCUUCUAAAAUGAGCCUUUUCUGUUUCCCGCCAUAAGUUGCGCCCGAAAAGUGAUUGACAGCCCCUGUCUUAUGCGUGACCCUCACUCUAUUUUAGACGCAAAAAUCAAAAUUCUCCGACCUCCAGUCGGGACAGGUUUUAAGCUAUCGCUUUGAAACUUUCAGAUAUGAUGGAUAAUGAUAUAGACUCAAAAAGAGUGUGAGGAAUUUUCCGAUUUCCCUUUAUAACUCAUUUUAUGUCAGUUUCUUUGUGUAAAUCGCGCUCGAGAUUCGACUUUUUAGUUUGAAAUGCAAUAAUUCCGCUAAUACGAGACAUAUGCAAAUUUCCUCACGCCCUUUUUUUAAGUCUUUUAUCUCUCAAUCAGAUGCAAUAAAAAGGAAGUGAAUAUUUAAGAACGCGAAAGGGCUGGAGCUUCAGCAGUAAACUCGAUACCUCUGAGUUCUAGAGCAAAAAACUUAAGUGCCUUUUGAAAUUCGAUAACAUAAAAUCUUUUAUAAGGUAAUUUAGUCUUUUAGCUUUAAUUUGAUAUAUUACUUGCCUUUGUAGCGAAAAUACUCGCGCGACUAGAAUUUUUUUCUGUGGGCACCUCGCUUUCCUUUACCGAGACCUUAAUUCCACCAAAUUUCCCUCGAUACAUGUCUCAAUAUAUCCACACCUCAAGAAAACGUAGUAUGCAUUAUCAUGACCCGAAAACAUCUGUUUUUAUGUGAAUAUUCAGGAAGAUACCGUAUUCCCAAUCUACGAACCCCUGUAUAUCGUGUACCCAGAAACCCUGACAGACCCUGAAAAAUUUUGGGUAAGAUUUUCCGUAGAUGCACUACUUUCUAGACAUUCUCGUUUCUGUUACCCUCUUUGUCUGCCAGCCUUCUCACUACUUUUUCAUGCUCCUUACCUGGCCUAAUGAAGCAGAUUUUGUAGUCCAUAGUCAUGUUGUUUAAUGUUGCAUUUCAUGCUCGAUACCUACACUUGUGUAUAAUGCCUUUCAGAGAUAAAUUCCAACGGAAGUCUGAUUAAAGACUUGAAAAAACGAACUCAUGGAAUAGAGAGAAUAGUUCUUCAUGACUGUGAAGAAUCUGAUGAAGGCACAAACGAAAAGUUUCAGGUUGUACGGGCGUUGGGAUAUCACUACGUUGGAAUAUUGCUCAAACGUGCUCCUCGCGUGAUGAUGUCGUGUGUUAAGGAUAUGGUGGAAGAGCAUCACGUAGAUGGAUGCUUUGACGAAGCUCUAGAAUGCGAGAACAACUCCAAAAUUAGUAUGAACGAAUACGGUUCAAGAAAAGGCUUAGACCAUCGAGACGUACCUAGCAUCAUCAUGUAUGUUUCUACUGCUCUUCUUGUGUUGAUGUUUGUGGCAGGCUGCGUUUGGGAUUUGAUGAAGACCAGGAAUCUUCCCAGACAAAAUGAAGGUAAGAGAAAGGUCUGGUUUAAAGGAUUCAUUCAUUACUUUCAAUUUCGGUUCAAGAUCACAAUUUUUCUCGUCUCAGGUAAACAACACCGAUUCGCAGAAAGGUAAUAAGCUGUUCUCGCCUCAUCCGAAUUCCGGAAUCCGGGAAGUUUUUGUCCGCUUAAUUUUGGAAUCCGAAAACCACGAACAAUUUGGCUUGUGGGAUCCGGAAUUCUGGGCUUUGGAAUACGGAAUGCCACUCAAAGAAUCCGAAAUCCUACUUAAGAUUGGAAUCAAGAAUAUAUAAGUUUCACGGACAAAUAGUGGAAUCAAUCCGGAAUCCACGGCGUGCAAUCCAGAAUCCAAGACUGUCUUGGAUUUCCUUACAUGGGAUGACUGUUCGCCACGUAAACCCCAUUCCCACUUCCAGCCCUCAUAUGCAUUUUCUUGUUUCAGGUAACGUUGGAGACCAUGGGAGUGUAGAAAUGAAUGCGACAGAAGAGGAAAUAGAAAUCAGAGUGAUCAAAGAAGACAAAGAUGUGAGAAGAAGCUUGAAGGCCGCUUCAACAACUGAAGUUCAAAUAGAAUAA